AUGGCGAAAGACUUCAUGAUCAUUCCAAAGGAGGGGCUUGCGGGAUUGCCUCAUACUUUUGCUUUCCCAUCGUUCCUGUGCAUCGCCUUGCGUGACUUCGACCGGCUGUCGAUUGAGCUCAUAUCGAAACAUCGGCAGCCAGCCAGCUCUCAAUUCACACGUAGUCAUUUCUCAGCUACAUCGACUCCCCCAGGUGAACGUGAUACAACCAAUCGCGCUCACGUUUUGCACCGGUUCAUGAACUGUGAGAAGCCCCCCAAUAUCUCAGCUCACCGGGAGCUUGCCCCUUGUCAUGAGAAUAACGAGCGACCCGCCUUCGCUCGAAACCGCUCAUUUCGUCCAGCCCAUUCUCUAGAUCUAGAAGCGUAUCAAACUCCCUCGCCGAAAUCACUCUACAAGCCGUUGAGAAACCACGUCACAGUUACCAAGCCAUACGCCUCCUUGGCCCACCCAAGGGCCCCUCGACAACCAAGCCAACCGCCGUUCCGAAACCCCGUCUCUGCCGCCCCGGCCUCCCGGUCUCUCUUCCCCAGCGUUCCGGAAUCCAUUCCCCGUCUACCCUCCCUCUUGGCUUUCCAUCUCUACACUUAUACCUCCCAAACAGGCAUCUCUCUUACAAACAUUGCAUACGGAAAGAGCAACAAGAUAAAAUCACAAUCUCACGCGGAUACCUGGAACAAGCCCCCCUCAGCUUCGAACGGGUUAUCAUUAGGUCAUGGAAACGUCCACAUGCCCCUGGUCACAAAAAAACAGGACGCACAAAAGCACCCGCCCUUGCAAGGUAAGGCAGACAGGUGGGCAGGUUCCAUGUCAGCGAGUGCCGAACUCAAAGCAAUCACUUGUCCAAACAACCCCUCGUACCCUCGGGGUCACACAACACAUGUUCUUACCAGCCCAGAAUCUCGUAUAUGUCACUUCCAAGUCGGCUCGCCGAAUCGGAAUCCAAGGAAAACGCAAAGAUUAGGAAUCCAGGAACACGCAGCUCGGACCAAGGAACACCCCCCCCCCCCUGGCCUCUCCCUCCCCUCAUCCGGGCUCGUCCCCUUUCGAUCCGAAAAAACUUUGGUAAACCUGAAGCUCCCCAAUCCCCAGGCUUUCUUGAUACGCACAUAUCCCGUACGGUAA